GAUCUUAAGUACCAAAACUAACAUGUAAAUUAAGGCACACCGUUAAUUGUGCAAAUUAGUAGAAUUCUGCUUUUCUGGUGAUUGGUAUUUGCUCUCUUGUGUGCACACUGGAAAGGAGUGCAAUGCAAGAACAUGUUUUUGCCGUUAUAAGAAUUACUAUGAAUUCGGUUGAGUGGUAUCUUUCAUUAUCACCAGUUCCCAGAGGCUGAAAAUAUGCAAGAAUAUAUUUCGUGCUCUGGCUGACUGGUUAUUUUUCAGAAAGCUUUGGCAGUGCAACUAGAAUGGAAGGCAACAGACAGGCAAAGAUUUCUCGACCGCACAGGAUUAGUGAAUCUUCAAGGGUAUACAGAGAGUCAGACCAUUCUAAUCAAAUACUUCAUGGUUUGAAUGAGCAACGGAAACAGGGCCAGUUCUGUGACAUUGUUCUUUUGGCAGAAGAUCAGAGAGUCCCCGCUCACCGAAAUCUUCUGGCAGUUUACAGUGAUUACUUCAACUCAAUGUUUACCAUUGGUAUGCGAGAGGCCCAUCAGAAAGAAAUUGAGCUGGUUGGGACGUCUUAUAUUGGGUUACAGGCCAUUGUUGAUUUCUUAUACAGUGGUGAGCUUCCUCUGGAUGGUGGAAAUAUUGACUACAUAUUAGAAACUGCACACCUCUUUCAGAUUUGGAAAGUGGUUGAUUUCUGCUGUGAUUAUCUUGAAAAUGAAGUCGAUGAAGAAAAUUAUCUGUACCUUCAAGAACUGGCCUCAAUUUAUAAUCUUGAACAUUUAGACUCCUACAUUGACAGUUUUAUCUUGAAUAAUUUUGGCACCCUUUCUUUUACACCAGACUUUCAGCAGAACAUUUCCAUGGAGAAGCUGUGCCAUUACCUUGAAAGUAACCAUGUGCAGCAUGAGUGUGAGCAUGACUUACUGCAGGCUGCCUUGCAGUGGCUUACCCAGUAUUCAGAGAGGGAAAGUGAGGCUUAUCAAGUACUAGCAAACAUCCAUUUCCCUUUAAUACCCAGGAAUGAUCUGCUUCAGCAGGUGAAGCCUGCAAUUUCUUCUCACCUUCCGAAAGAGGCAAACUGUGAACGACUUAUUGAAGAAGCAUUAAAUUAUCACAACAGUAUCCCAGCACAGCCUGUGCUGCAGAACAAACGUACUUUGUUGCGUACUGAUACAGAACAGCUUCUGUUUGUGGGUGGGGAGAUUUCUGAACGUUGUCUGGAGCUGAGUGACGAAAUGUGCUUCCUAGACAGCCGGAAAGGCCAGUGGGUGCCAGAAGCACAGCUUCCAGCUAGACGAAGCCAUCACUGUGUUACUGUUUUGGGAGGAUUCAUUUUUUUGGCAGGAGGUAGUUUUUCCAGAGAUAAUGGCGGUGAUGCAGCUUCAAAUCUUCUGUAUAGAUAUGACCCAAGAUGUAGCCAAUGGAUAAAGGUUGGUGCCAUGAACCAGCGACGGGUUGACUUCUAUCUUGGAACUGUUGCAGACAUGCUGAUUGCUGUAGGUGGGAGGAAUGAAAAUGGAGCACUGUCAUCUGUAGAGAUGUACAACCCUCAGGAGGACAUCUGGAACUAUGCUGCAGGACUUCCAAGGUUUACUUAUGGACAUGCUGGCACAGUCUACAAGCAGUUUGUUUAUAUUUCAGGGGGCCAUGAUUAUCAGAUAGGCCCCUAUAGAAAGAACCUUCUGUGCUAUGAUUAUCACACAAAUCAGUGGGAGGAGAAGACACCUAUGAGUACAGCUCGAGGGUGGCAUAGUAUGUGUACACUAGAUGACAGUAUUUAUACUAUUGGGGGAAGUGAUGACCAUAUAGACUCUAUGGAGCGUUUUGACAUUCUGAGUGUGGAGUGUUACAGCCCUCAGUGCAACCAGUGGACUACAGUUGCUCCUCUUUUACAGGCGAAUAGUGAGUCAGGAGUAGCAGUUUUGGAAGGAAAAAUAUACAUUCUAGGAGGCUACAGCUGGGAAAAUACAGUCUUCUCCAAAACCGUGCAGAUAUAUGACAAAGAAAAGAACAAGUGGUUUCGAGGUAUAGAUCUUCCGAAAACUAUUGCAGGAGUCUCUGCUUGUAUCUGCAUACUCAAAUGCAGAGGCAAUAAGGACAAGAAGUCAAAAGAUAAGAAAUCACAUGAUUGGGUAAGGUGACAACUGACUAACCUCAUUUUUGUUUUCAUGGACGUCAUUAUGUUUAAGUCAACAGCCACAGGAGUUGGUACACAAGUGUGAAAGUUAAGUGGCACACCUUCAACUGUUGUUGAGUGCUCGCUUGCUAAUCAUCUUAUUUCUGGACAGUGACAGAGUUCAAUUAAUCACUGUAUGGGCUAUAUGCUUAUAGGUUUGUAUUCCACUGAUGCAAAUUUUUAACAAUUUUCCAGCUUAAUGUAAAGAAAUGCAUGCUGUACUUAAAAUAAAUUCUACAGCUAUAUUUUAACAGCUUCUUAACUUUGUCCAAGACAAAAUGUAGUUAUUAAAAUGUAUUUAAUUUAAUUUCAGAUUCAUUUUGUUUAAAAUACAUAUUUUGUGUAAUUUGCAAAUAAAUUUUAUGUAUGACCUAUUUUUGUAUAGAUUAAAAAAAUUAUUUUGUAAGGAC